GCCCAGCUACACUACCAGGCUGGAGUCCCUGGCAGCACGGCGCGCGACACAACACACUGACAGCUACGACUGACUCACAACCGAGGGGGGAAAAGAUGGAGCACAGAGACGCCGACUUCAACAUAAUGUUAGCGACCGAUUCAUACAAGGUAACACAUUACAAACAGUACCCCCCCAACACGAGUAAAGUGUACUCCUAUUUCGAGUGCCGCGAGAAGAGGACAGAUCCCACCAAAAGCAGAAAAGUCAAAUAUGACAAAACCGUCUUCUACGGCCUACAGUACAUCCUCCACAAAUACCUAAAAGGAAAGGUUGUGACUCCAGAGAAGAUCCAGGAGGCGAAGGAGGUAUACAGAGAACACUUCCAGGAUGACGUUUUCAAUGAGAAGGGCUGGACUUACAUUUUGGAGAAAUACAAGGGACACCUGCCCAUUGAAAUCAAGGCAGUACCAGAGGGGAGUGUCAUUCCCCGAGGCAAUGUUUUGUUCACCGUGGAGAGCACAGACCCUGAAUGCUACUGGCUCACCAAUUGGGUGGAGACCAUCCUGGUUCAGAUCUGGUACCCCAUCACUGUGGCGACCAACUCCAGAGAGCAGAAGAAGAUCCUCGCCAAGUACCUCUUAGAGACUUCUGGGAACUUGGAGGGACUAGAGUAUAAACUACAUGACUUUGGCUACAGGGGUGUCUCAUCACAAGAGACUGCAGGCAUUGGGGCCUCCGCCCAUCUGGUCAACUUCAAGGGCACAGACACGGUGGCAGGCAUCGGAGUCAUUAAGAAGUACUACGGCACCAAGGACCCUGUGCCAGGCUUCUCUGUGCCUGCCGCAGAACACAGUACCAUCACAGCAUGGGGGAAAGACCAUGAAAAAGAUGCCUUUGAGCACAUCAUCAAGCAGUUUCCCAGCGUGCCCGUAUCCAUAGUCAGCGACAGCUACGACAUCUACAAUGCCUGUGAGAAGAUCUGGGGAGAAGACCUACGGGGGCUGAUAGAGAAGCGCAGUGCAGAUGCUCCGCUGGUUGUCCGACCAGACUCAGGAAACCCACUCGAUACAGUUUUGAAGGUGUUGGAGAUCCUGGGCAAGAAGUUUUCUCCAGAGGAGAACUCUAAAGGUUUUAAGGUUCUCCCUCCUUACAUCAGAGUCAUACAAGGAGACGGAGUUGAUAUCAACACACUGCAAGAGAUAGUGGAAGGUAUGAAGCAACACAGGUGGUCCAUUGAGAACAUUGCCUUCGGGUCUGGAGGGGCUCUGCUGCAGAAACUGACGAGAGAUCUGCUCAACUGCUCCUUCAAAUGCAGCUAUGUGGUCACUAAUGGACUGGGGGUGAACGUGUUCAAGGACCCAGUGGCAGACCCCAACAAGAGGUCAAAGAAAGGUCGCCUGUCUCUGCACCGGACACAGAACGGUGACUUUGUCACUCUGGAGGAGGGCAAGGGCGACCUGGAGGAGUAUGGCGUGGACCUGUUGCACACAGUCUUUCAGAACGGGAAGAUUGUGAAGACGUACACAUUUGAUGAAGUCAGAGACAAUGCUAAGCUCAAAGAGAGUGAGCUUGAAGAGUUGCUGCACUGAGCGCAGUACUACUAAGCCCCCAACCUGUCUCCCUAAACCCAAAACAACCCCUUCCCCCAUCAACCCAUCACCUUUUGGCCUCCAACGUCACCCCAGAAAAUGGAGGUAGCGUGCACUGCUAACAGACCCCAGUCCCAAAGCCUAAGAAUCCCCUGAAAUGUUAAACUCCCCAGAAAUUCACGGAACUUCGCCCUCAGUUCCAAAACCCUGUUGGUUAGUUCUCCAAUGGAGGGAGAGAGGUUUGGAAACUCACACACCUCUGAUCAACGGCGAACACCCCGUGAGUGUGAGGAGGGAAAAAAGAGAAAGAAAGAAGAAAACGUUUGAGUGGUACAGUAAGCGACAGGAAUGGCAGACGUGUAGAGGGAGAGAAGUUGCGAUUACGAUGAUAAACCCUGAGUUCACAUCCCCCUGCUGCUGCCCGAAAUUUCUGCACUGACAGGCUGGACAUACUUCAACGUAAAGAAUAUGAGUGGCUGCUGGUACAUAGCGUGUCAGCAGACUUUUCCAUGCCAACACAAAAGCCAGUGAGAUACCAUUGUAGGCUUUCAAUGAGCUCCUGGCGGCCGCAUGAGGAGUGAACACAUGGUGAGUCAAAGUGAGAACGAUCAUGACAGAAAGAGAAAUAUGAUGCCUCACCCACACCAAUGACCAUGCCCCGUGUAUUGUGUACAGAACUGUUUAGAAAAAAAAAAUACGUGUCUGAAUCUACUUAGCUUUGUCCUUUAUAUGAAGGAAGUAAAGGAUGAUCAUGGUAUACAACAGUGCACCUUUAACGCUGACCGAGAACAGCCAACGUCUCGUCUCAACUUGGUAACAGGGAAGACCAUGAACACUUAGACUGUAAUUAUGGAUGAUGAGGGAAUUCAUUUUUCCCCACUUUUCUUGCUUUUAAUCAGUAGUUAUGGCCAAAGUUAUAAAAGGCCAACAUCUAUCAACAUCUAACUAUUUGAGUAUUUUGUAGUCUUACUCUGCUACAUAAAGUGUUAUUGGUGCAUCACUGAAGGUAUAUGAAUGAUCAUCUACUGCCCACAGCGCAUUCACAUCAUGAAGGCUCAAUUCACAAUCUAAUCAUACCACUAAAAUCACAAAUUCUGUUUGCUGAGGGAGGAUUUAGCCAAUCUCAAAUUGAUGUUUUUAAUGUUUUUGUUUUGUUUUUUAAAAUUUCAGAUAGGUAAGUUUUCAUAUGUGUAUCCACUGGAUUAAAUUGCUCCAGCGUUUGUGAAAAUCAUACAUGAAGAAAAAUUAAGAAAAUCUCCAUUUCCAUCAAUAAUUUCAGUUUUGUCAGGCCCGCAGAAGCCCCAAAUCUUUACAAAACUAAGUAGACAUGAUUAGAUUUUCCAAGUGGACUAGGAAGAGUGAAAAGUUUCAGAUUGGGUCUUCAUGAUGGUGAACGCCAGUCUUUGCUGUAAGACCAAGAGCUGAUGUUAAAAACAAAAAAAAGAAAAAAAAACAUUGCAGAAAUUGUCUUUACUCGAAUGAGGAGGAUUUAACUAUGUGUUGAAAGAUGAAAGAUUACAUAUGUGGCUACUGGGAUGAAAUGCGUGUUAAAUGUUGUUUCUGAUGUGUGUGUGAUUGGAUUUCUGUGUGCAUGUGUGUGUGUUUGUGUGUGUGUGUGUGUGUGUGUACUUUCUUCCUUUAAAGGAUUGUGUAGAAUUCCUUUAUGCAAAUGUGCUUGUCGAUCGGGGGAAUAGAGAACACUCUUCCUUUCACUUUGUCGGCCUUUUGUUCUGAGAGGAAACACAGCGUUGUGACAAACAGGUGAUGAUACACUAGUGAGUGUUUUUUGAUUUUGUUUUUUUUUCCUUUGGGCAAUGUAAAACCAACCAAGAGACAGAAAAGUGAGACUCGGGGUCAGAAAUAUUAUCUGACAGCAAUAUGUACCAGCCCAGCUUUGGCAGCUGGUGGAGCACAGUUGCCCUUAAUAUCACUGCCUUAACUCGUGAAAAAGAAGAAAAAGAGAAAAACAGAGAUGUUACUGGCAAAGUGUGGAUGUGCACAGUGAUGGCUCUUUGCACUCCUGUUUGGAUUCAUUGCCCAGGUAUAAAUGGGAUCUUGCUCACUAAUGCCUUUUAGAGUUAAUUACCUUCCCAUUUAGAUCAUCUCAGUUGAGUGUCACUCACGUUUGCAGGUGUGUUAAGUCACAUUGCUGAGUUGGCCUUUUUCAGAGUGAAGGGAUUUUUUUCCGUUGCGGAGCUUGGAGGGAGCAAGGAGCUGGUGACGUCACAAGAAAAAGAAGAAAAAAAUUUUUCAAGGCAAAAUAUUUUGGUGGAAAUAUUCAGUCUGUGUUUUGGCAAAAUAAAAAAGGCAGCCAGUAACACAACCCAUUUUGCGCUAGGGCGGGCGAUGGGGGUCAGUCGGUUGGUCCUCUACCUUUGUCCAGAUGGAAAUAACUCAACAAAUAUAUGAUGAAUUGCCAUGAAAAUUUAUGCAUUCAUGGUUCACAGAGGAGGAAUCCUACGGGCUGUGGUGAUCCUCAGAUUUUUCAUCGAGCGCCACCGGGAGGUUGUGGUUUUGAGUGAAAUAUAUCUCCACAGCUGUUGGGUGAACUGCCAUGGAAUUUGGUACAGACAUUCAUGUGCCCCUCAGGAUGAAUCGCAAUCCCCUUGGUUAUCCCUUGACUUUUCUUUCUGUGCCAUCAUCAGGUCCAAAUUUCAAUUUGUCCCAGACUGUUUUGGUUCAUGACCAAAUACCUGCAAAUCUAACGGCACUCCCAUCUGCCCCAGCUGUACUUUUUUCUAGCGCUAAUGAAAAAAAUGUUAGCAGGCUAACACACCUAACUAAGAUGGGGAACGUAGGUGACGUUAUACCCGCUAAACAUCAGCAUGUUAGCAUGCUGACAUUGGCACUUAGCUCAAAUUACACCUGCACAGAGCAGCUAGCGGAGCUGUGGGCUGUCUUUUUAAAACUCUAAGUAAAGGUUCAUUCUGUGCCAGACAUUCUGCUGCUUCACAUUCAUAGCUGCACACAUUCUCACCUGGGAGCUGCCCACUGCUACCACAGCCCGCUAAGUGUUUGCCACGGAGCAGCUUCCCCGCAGCUAUUAGAGCUUCAGAGACCAUAUUCACUUGCCCCAUGGACAUGACCGUGCUAGCUUGCUUUCUUUUUUUCUUCUGCUUUUUUUUUUUGAGAUUAGACCUUGAGGAAACCUGUGAUGUCACCAACUCCCGUCUCUCGCCGCUGGCUCAGACCAGCCCGCUCACACUCAGACAAGCUGGUAAACACCGCAGCCAGUCACAUGCUGAAACAAUGUCACACAAUUUUCUUUUAUUUUUCUCCUGUUUUUGCAACCGUCACUACCGUUAUCUGUCGGAUCAUAUGUUAUCCAGUUGUUCUCGAGUUACAACACAGUUGUCCUUUUCUUUUCCAAUUAUAGGGUGCAUUUUAGUAAAAUUUUGAUUUUACUAUUUUGAUACUGUCUCGGUUCUUACCUCAGAGAAAUUUUAUUUUGUAUGACAAAGGAGAAAAAAAUGCCAGAAAUAUUGCAGUAAAUAUCCUUAUUAACGAACGAUGCGGCCAUACUGCCUUCUCACUUGUACAUACAACAACUAGUUUGACUGAAAGCAGAGAGGGUAGGUUAGGGAGAUGACCACACCGGAUAAUAUUGUUAUUAUUAUUUUUGUCAGAACGACCAUUUUUGUACCAACAGAAGAAUAUCCAAAACUGCUUGACUUAACUGGCAGUGUGACUGUUUUUUUUGUGACCGUCAAGCUUUUAGCUUCUGUUUGUGCAUGUGUGUAGUCCUUGUGUGAAUGCCUCGUGUGUAAUGGAUGAAAAAGUGUUUGUGAACACCUUUUUUUUUUUUUUUCUUCCUCGUGUCGUUGUUAUUUUACUUGUAUGUAUAUGUUGGUUGUCCCAAAUUCUCUCCCAACACAGCUGAUAUUUUAACUAACAUAACUUGCAAUAUUGUCAACAAUACACUGAUUAAAGAUGCCACCCUGUCA